UCAAACAUCAAACGGUUUAUUAUGGCUUCAGUUCAGACAUGGUACUUUAAGGAUGCCACUAAUAUACUGAAAAUCAAUUUGUGACUAAAUUACCAUUUGUAAACUUCACGUAAAUGCAUUUAUGGAUUGCAUAGGUACAAUCGCAGUGAUAUUUACGUUGUUUGUCAACUUCGUAACGGCAAACGAAGAGGAAAACCGCUAUGGAACAAUAUCAAUCAUACAGCCAGCUUUUGUAAACCGAAACCUUACAAUAAAAAUGACACCUUCUAUUGUGAAAAAGACGACUGCUAAGUGGAAAUACUUCAAGGACAAGAACAUCGGAUACAUAAGUGAAGCGAGUGACUCUUUUCAAACAUUUUUGAAUGGAUCAUAUUAUUUAACAAUUAUAAACGUCAGCAAGUCUUUUAAUGAAUCGUAUUUUGCCGUUGAAGAUUCUGUCACUGAAAACCUGAUAUCUCCCUUUAUACAGGUUGAACUCGAAGAAUUGACAGGCCAAUGCGGAAAAGUUGUUAUCAAAAACCAAAUUGCAAGACUUGGAACAUAUGUAGUUAUUUCAUAUUAUCCAUCUGAUGUUGCCAUUCACACCGGAACUUCCCUGGGCCGUUCAUGGCUGUAUUUUUUGGAAAACAUAAGCCUUCCGUCUGUAUCAUUCAGUGAGAGAAAAGUAUCGGAUUUCCUGUUUGAAUUGACAAUUUUUAACGUCAGUUUGAGCCAAGCAGGAAGUUACGGUCUGAAAUGCAAUUGCUGGGGAGAUUCUUGUGUUACAAAUUCAGAGUAUUUAACAGUCGUCGAACCCCCGAGCAAGCCCAGACUUGGUCCUAAAACGGGCGACUUUUCCGCAACCAACUGUAUCUAUGUUGACGCGGAUACACAUCCCUACUGCAAUGUUAUUAGUGGAACACCGCCUCUUAACGUUACACUUACGAUAGGAGCAGAAAUAUACCCAUUGGUUGAGAGUAUUCGCGAUAGUCGACGUUAUGAAAUUAAGAAUGGCACUUUCCGUUUUACGAAACACAACUACGUGCGGAAUAUAACAUGCCACGUUUCGAAUCUUCUAGAACAAGCCCCCGUGCGGAAUACUGCGAAACUUUGUAACAUAGAAAAGGGUACUGGUCCACUUCUUAUCGUACCGGAAUAUACACUUAAUUACACGCCGCAAAUACAAUGUGAGGUGAAGUUUGCCUUACCUGCACCGGAAGUAGAAAUACGCAUUCAUAACAGUACAGUUCCCGGUAAAGUAACCACCACUUUUGACAACACCACCCAGUCUUUUGCUAGUAAAGUAUCCCUUCAAAAAGCAGAGGCUGACUGGGAGGGAAGCAACAUAUGCUGUUAUCAAAAGUCCAAGUUUUACAACAGUUUGGAGCCGGUUUGCAAGACACUUAUAUUGAAAAUUAAACCCAAACCACCAAUUCUUGGUCCUCAGUUAGAAGACUUUUCCACAACUAACUGCAUUUACGGAAACAGCGGUCACGACAUUUAUUGCAAAACACAAGGAGGGACCAAACCAAUUCAAGUUUUUCUUUCAUUGGGAACCAGGCAAUAUCAUCUCAUUGAAAACAAGAUUGAGCCUGGAUUAUAUGAAAUGAAUCAUAGUGUAUCUGAUCCGUUCACAGUAUUUACAAAGAUAGAAGUUAUUUGCCAAGUUUCUAACGAAGUCACUCCAGAGCCCCUAAAUGUGUCGGCCUUUCUUUGUCGGAGUGAAAAAGGUGACAAACCAAAUUUGACAGUGCCACAUAGUUUUGUUGGUGAAAAUUCCUCGACACUUUGUGAAGUAAAACAUGCUCGUCCGGCUCCAAAACUAGCCAUAUAUGUCGCAAAUGUCGUGGUUAAUAAUGUACACCAAAAGAUAACAUUCAACGAUUCAUCUAACACGUUUACGAGCAAGGUGGAAAUUCAAAACCCAUCGCGGCACUGGAAUGCCAACCAAAUGUGUUGCGUUCGAAGGAGUAAAGUCUCAAAUGAUUCGGUACAGGUGUGCAAAAAUGUUACAUUCGAAUAUCCUCCGUCUGAAUUGAUCAUGGUAGUCCACAGGACGUUCGAAAGCGAUGAGACGGUCCAAAUUUUGAACAUAUCCUGUAACGCAGUCAACUCCUAUCCACAAUGCGACAUUUCAUGGGGAAGUAAACUACCUAAUGUUCGCCCAAUAUCCACUGAAUCAAGAAUAGACAUUCGGAAUCAUAGCUACUUCAGUUUUUCAAAAGCUGUGUUCUCAGUUACAAAAGAGGCCAACCGUGGAGAUAUUUUUUGUUUCACAAGAUGUGGUACACUGAAAACAUAUCUUCUUCGCACAUACAAUUUUUCGUUUCCAAGUUAUCCUUUGAUGUCAUUCAAUACAUCAUCGAAUCUUAAGAUUAAGAAAAAUGAGUCUGUGUCAAUCAAUUGCACUGUCGACGAGCGCAUGUCAAUUAACACGAAUCUACUGUGGCGAAAUGAAGCAAGCCAAAACAUAGUUAAAGUUUGCUUUAGUACUAUGACGUGCGUUCUUACAUUAAACGAAACCUUUGCUGAAGACGGUCCCGACAACGUAUCUCUGUCACCUGCUACAGCGAACUACACGGUGACAGAGGGAAACAACCUAGCGGCUAUAACGUGUUCUGCCACUUGCUACCCGGCCUGUACGUACAAGUGGUCGAGAUCAAAGGUUAUAGUUAGCUCUACAUCUACACUGGUACUCAGUAAGAUUGAGAGAAGGAAAGAUGGAUCAUAUAUCUGUACGGCACGGAACCCAGGAUCAAGUGUUUCAACGAAUGGGCAAGUCGUGAGCGUCUAUGUCACAUACGGUCCCGACAAGGUGUUAAUGUCACCUGCUUACAGGUCAUAUACAUUGACAGAGGGAGACAACCUGGUUAUAAAGUGUUCUGCUAUGUGUAGUCCGGCCUGCACAUACACGUGGUCAGGAUCAGGGAACCCGUGGACCAUACCAUGGGUUACGCUUAGCUAUAAAGCUACACUUAACAUCGGUCAGAUAAAGAGAUUUGAGGCCAGAUCCUAUAUGUGUACGGCACAGAACUCGAUAUCAAGUGUUCCAAAGCAUGGUGAAAUAGUGAGCGUCUUGGUCAGAUACGGCCCCGACACCGUGUUUAUUAAUCCAUCCCAGACGUCUUACACGAUGACAGAAGGACUUACGAUGGGAGUUAUUUAUUGUUAUGCCAAUUGUAACCCGCCAUGUGUGUACACGUGGUCCAGGUCAGGAAGGACGGUCAGAUCAAAUAACACGCUUAAUCUCGGUGAGGUUGAGAGAGGAGAGGCCGGAUCAUACGUUUGUACGGCAAAGAACCCAGGUUCAGCCUUUUCAAGAAGUGGACCAGCAGUUAAUGUCACUGUAAAAUAUGGCCCAGACGAUGUGACACUGAACGUACCCCAUAUACAUACAGUAACGGAAGGAGACACGGUCAAAAACAUUUAUUGUUCAGCAGAUUGCUGGCCGGGUUGUGUCUUUACAUGGUCUAACAUGACUAAAAAACAGCAAGUAAGCUCCUCUACGGUUCUUGAGUUUCGGAUAGCGCAUCGCUACGACGCCGGUGAUUACAAGUGCUUGGCCAAAAACUCAGCACAUCAGUUCUCUGGAGAGGCAGAACAACACUUCACCCUUAUUGUUCAGUAUUCACCUGACGUUGUAAUAAGCCAGUCCACAGCUUUCUUAAACGAAAAUGCUCCUCUUGAUCUUCUGUGCAAGGCAACAGGUGUACCAGCUGUGUACAACUACACAGGCUUUCUGCAGCGAGUGAAUGAUAUCGUGGUCCCAAACAGUCACGUGGGAAGACCCGGGUUGAGGGAUAGUAUAUCUGUGAACAUCCCCGCUCUCCGACUUCAGGAUACAGGGGUUUACACUUGCUACGUUCAUAAUGGGAUUAUUGGCCACAACAAACAACUCCUUCAGACUGUUUCACGAAAGGUUGAGGUCCAAGCAUCUCCACGAUUCCUCCUUGAUGGAACCAAUUUUGCCGGGGAAACGUCAGGAAACAUCACCAUUGCUAUUCCGUUUAUAAGCAUUCCUGAGUUCACAUCAUACAAUGUGCUAAGACACGAUGGACAAGCAGUUUCGACGAACGGAAAAUGUUCUCUGCAUAUAAGGAAUGAGUCUGUCCAUCCUUUGUUCUAUGGACAGCGAGUCAAACUCACUGGAAACGUUCUAGAAAUAAUUAUCAGAGACUUGUCAGAAAAGGAUUUUGGGAAAUACAAGAUGCAAAUAACCAAUGAUAUUAACACGGCAAAUUUCAGCAUUGAUGUCAAGGCAACAAGCAGGCCGUCGCAACCAACAGAACUGAAUCUGACCACGUUGGACAACAUCGUUACUUUUGAUUGGAACAAAGGGUUCAAUGGAGGUUAUGAACAAACAUUUGUUUUGCAGACGUCGCUUAAUUCAGAUGGUUCGUGGAAGAACGAAACCGUAAUUAAUGAAUCAGAUGCAAAGUAUAUUAAAGGAAAUGGAAGGUUUCAAGUACACUUAACUAACCUAGUGCCAGGAAUAUAUUCCGCUAGACUGUUGGCUUUUAAUGUUAUUGGAGCUGCUGAUCCUGUUGAGUUCAAAGAGCAAUUUAAAUCAAUGAGGUGAACAAAGAGAAGCAAACAUCAAUACCCGAGGCUAUGAUAGGAGGAACAGCAGGAGGAGGCAUAGGUGUAAUUGUGCUGGUUAUUGUUGUUGUUAUCAUCUUCCUACGGAAAAGAAAGACGCAGAAAGGACAAGAUGAUAGCGAUUUGACGAACGGACAAAAACUGGAGAAUUUAUCUCACCGUAC